AUGGCCGCGGCCACCUCCAACCCCUACCUCCCCGGCAACGGCAUCCUGGCGGCCGGCUCCAUCGUCCACGCCGACUCGGGUGGCGGCGGCGGCGGCGGCGGCGGGGGGGGCAUGCAGCCGGGCGGCGUGGCCGUCACCUCGGUGGCGGGCGGCUACCGCGGCGACCCGGCGGCCAAGAUGGUCCAGAGCGACUUCAUGCCGGGCGCCAUGGCCGCCAGCAACGGCGGCCAUAUGCUGAGCCAUGCCCACCAGUGGGUGACGGCCCUGCCCCACGCCGCCGCCGCCGCCGCCGCCGCCGCCGCCGCCGCCGCCGAAGCGGGCUCGCCCUGGUCCGGCAGCCCCGUGGGCAUGACGGGCAGCCCCCAGCAGCCGCCGCCGCCGCCGCCGCCCGACGUGAAGGGCGGCGGCGGGCGCGAGGAGCUGCACGCGGGCGCGGCGCUGCACCACCGGCCGCCCCACCUGGGCCCCCCGCACCAGGGGCACCCCGCGGCCUGGGGCGCGGCGGCGGCGGCCGCCCACCUGCCCGCCAUGGCCGGCGGGCAGCAGCAGCAGCAGUCGCUCCUCUACUCGCAGCCCGGGGGCUUCACGGUGAACGGCAUGCUGAGCCCCGCGGGCGGCGGGCAGAGCCUGGUGCACCCCGGGCUGGUGCGCGGCGGCGAGACGGCGGAGCUGGGCGAGCACCCCGGGCAUCACCACCAUCACCACCACCCGCACCCCGGGCACCACGCGCCGCACCACGGUGCCGUCAACAGCCACGAGGCGCACUCGGACGAGGACACGCCGACCUCGGACGACCUGGAGCAGUUCGCCAAGCAGUUCAAGCAGCGGCGGAUUAAGCUGGGCUUCACGCAGGCCGACGUGGGGCUGGCGCUGGGCACCCUGUACGGCAACGUCUUCUCGCAGACAACCAUCUGCCGCUUCGAGGCCCUGCAGCUCAGCUUCAAGAACAUGUGCAAGCUGAAGCCUUUGUUGAACAAGUGGCUGGAGGAAGCCGACUCCUCCACCGGCAGCCCCACCAGCAUCGACAAGAUCGCGGCGCAGGGCAGGAAGAGGAAGAAGCGGACCUCCAUCGAGGUGAGUGUCAAGGGGGCCUUGGAGAGCCACUUUCUGAAAUGCCCCAAGCCCUCCGCCCAGGAGAUUACGAACCUAGCGGACAGCCUGCAGCUGGAGAAGGAGGUGGUCAGGGUUUGGUUUUGCAAUCGGAGGCAGAAAGAGAAACGCAUGACCCCGCCGGGGAUCCAGCAGCAGACCCCCGACGAUGUCUACUCGCAGGUCGGCGCCGUCAGCUCCGACACGCCGCCCCCUCACCACGGACUGCAGAGCGGCGUGCAGUGAGCGGGGCUCCGCGGGGGCCGGGCCGGGAGAGCUCCGGCGGCGGCGGCGGGCGGCGGCGGCGGUGGCGAACGCCGCGCUCACACACACGGACACGGACACUCACACUCACACGCACGCACGCACGCACUCACACACACACACGCGCGCGCGGUCCGGGCUCGCUCGGGCCGCCCGUGUCGGUAUAUGUACGGAUAGAGGCGGGCGCCUGGAUCUAUCUGUCCAUACGGGAUCGAUAGCGAGAGGGAGCGCCGGGAAAGGUCGAGCCGAGCGAGAGCGUUUCCGCUGCGUUGGGGAGAACGGGGUGGAGAUGCGUAAUGCACCAAAACUGCAGAUGUGCCGGGGGCUGCUGUGGGAAGAGGGCUCGGCCGGGUGGGUUCUGCCUUGGGUUUCUGUUCGGGUUUUUGCUUUUCGCCUCCCCCCAUCUCCCCCUGAGCCCCUCUCGCAGCGAUGGGGGUCUGCACCUCUCCCCUCCUCCCCCCCUUGCUCUCCCCUAUCCCCAAAGGGCUCUUCUCUCAAUCAAGGAAACUUCCCCCCCCCCCCCCCCUCCU